AUGCAAGCCGAAUUUGGCGAUGUUUAUCAAUUUUGGGUGGGACCGAUGCGAGUUAUCGGUCUAUGUAACGCUGAAGAUAUACAACAUGUCUUUGGUCAUCGACACAUCUACGAACAAGGCAGUCUAUACAGAGAUCAUCAUACUCAUUUCUUCUCAGAAGCAAUAAUUUGCAAUAUAGGAGCUAAAUACAAGCGUCAUGCAAGCAUAAUUCUUCCUCUAUUUCGUCGGAGUAACGUCUUAGACAGUUUGGAAUUAAUCAAUGAUUGUACAGACCAAUUACUCGAUCGAUGGCGUUCAAAGAAUGAUGAUCCUACUCGUAUUCAUCUUGAUAUAGGAAAACAAUGUCAAGACCUAUUGCUUGCAAUCUUUGGUUUAAUAGGUUUUGACUUUGAUCUACAAACGUUGACAGAUGAUGAUAAUGAUGCCAAAAAUAAUAAACUCACAAAAUCUUUACAUGAGUUUUUGAAUAUUUUUAUGAUGACUAUAGCUAUGCCAUCAAUCAUGACCAAAAUCUAUCUGAAAUUCAGUACUCGAUAUCGCCAAGCAUUCAAUAUUAUCAACGACUAUGUAGAUAGCAUAAUUGAGCAAGAACAAAACAAAACACAAGAAUCGAUUGGCAAACGAAAAAGAAAUAGUCUAAUUGCAUCACUCGUUUAUUCAUUACAUCAAGAUAAGAAGAAUGAGGCGACAAAGUCAAACGACAAACAGAAAGGAUUAUCCCGCACUGAAGUACUCCAUGAAAUACUCCUAUUUCUUAUCGCCGGUUAUGAAACAACAUCAUGUGCACUCACAUGGUUUAUUCAUCUAAUGAGUAAAAAUCCUCGAGUUCAAGCAAAAAUCAAGGCUGAACUAGGCGAUAACAAAUUUCAACGUCUGUCUAUCGAACAGCUCGAUUCUCUUGAUUAUUUGAAUUGUGUUAUUCAAGAAGUAUUGCAUUUUUCUUCACCUGCCGUUAGCACAUUUCGUACUGUAACUGUCGACGAUCGACUACCAGCAAGUGGAGCUCAGUUAUAUAAAGGCGAUGAACUAAUGAUUAAUAUGUAUAAUUUAACACGAGAUAAACGCUAUUGGAAGAUCGAUCCGGAUCUAUUUUAUCCUGAACGAUUUCAAGGUGAUGACAAAGAUCAUCAUCCAUAUGCAUCGAUUCCAUUCGGUGGUGGUCAUCGACAAUGUAUUGGACAAGAAUUAGCUCGAUUAGAAUUGAAAGCAAUCACCAGCAGACUUAUGCAACAUGUAACUUUUCGUGAUGGUGGUCCAGAAGUCAAUGCAGGUGGACACAACCAGACACUUACGCUCAUGCCAAAGAAUGUCGGGGUCAUUAUUACAUUCGACUAA